AUGGCCCUGCUCUAUCGCUUCUCUCGUCUAAAUGAUCGUUCCAACACAGGCGUCUUCACUUUCAUCGUGACACGCUCCGUCACGAGGGACAUCCACCGUGACGCCACAACAAAGGACUUCUCUUUCGGUUACCAUCGCUGGGCAGUGUCCUUCACAAGAACAGACAAAGUCCUGGGCGUGUUCCUGAUCCUGCGAAACCCCUCGGAAGGAACACGCUGCUACAUAGACUACGCCUUCACCAUCCUCAACCGCGAGCAUUUCUCAAAGAAUGAGACGUACGCGGAGAAGCAGUGUCGGUUUGGUGUGGACCGUCCCGCGCACGGCACCAACAAGUGGAUGCCAAUGGGGGAGCUGAAGUCUCGUCGUUUCACAGACGAGAACUGGGAGUUCCUGAUGGAGCUGUCCGUCAGCAACGCAAUGACUGUCUUCGAAGGUGAUGUGAAAAUCCACCACGUCCCCCACUCGUCGAGUGGGCAGAAAGCGCCCUUAAAGUUAGAGACUUCUUACUUUACGUUUGGAAACUUCGAAUGGAAUGUGUCCAUCCUGCCGCACGGCGAUGAAACGGAUACGAACAACCGACCUAGAGUGUUGCUGAAUAGACUGACUGGGUUCGACCAUCAGUGCCGUGUCAUGUACCGUGUCGUGCUUGGAGAAGGAGAACGGAAAAUAGACUCUGGAAUCCUGGACCAAAUAUCGGAUAUGAGUGGUCGUAUCCGUGGAUUUUCUUUGAGAUGUCAAGUUACGGACUUGGUACGCCGAGCAGUGCUACGAGUCUACACAGAGAUGAUAUGCGCCAAUACCAUCUCCGAAGCAAAAGUGCCGACCACUCGUGACCCGAACUCGACCUCCAACUGCUACGACCGCGACAAGCAAGGGUGGUGUGUCGAAGCAGACCUGGAGGGCGAACAAUUGCGCUUGAAACUUUUCUACUCAGAUCUACAUAAUGUGCCCAGGAACCACCUGCGAUCUGUGUCGUGGAAUGCCUAUGUCGUCCGGGACCAUCCUAGUACAGGCACAAAGGAAAGUGUGAUCGUGUUGAACGCGCCUCACAAUAACUAUUACGUACAAGACGGGGUGGAUACGGGUGUCAUCAUGGAGACCAAUAUACCAGUUAGACAGGUUCGAGAAAUGAACAGUGCCUACUUGGAAAACAAUACUCAUUUAACAGUUCAUAUUGAAUGGCUUGAAUCUAUGUUGCUUUUUAGUGCUCUUUAUCACAAAUAUGACGAUGUUUGCCGAAUACAUGGACAUCAGAUGAAGCGAGAAAUAACAGCUUUACAAGUGGAAAACUACAGUCUGGAAAGGCAACUGUUCAGCUACCAGAAGUCUCUGGCCAUAUCUCACACUAGAGCUCAGCAUUCAGAAGAUUUGGAAGACGAGUACUACAAUGACCAUUACUAUGACAGGAGCUUAUCAGAGGCACAAAGUUUCUCAGAAUCCGAGUACGCGUGA